AUGAGCACACAUAACACAGGGGGUGCUGAAUUUAAUGUGGGACUGCCACCAGAUAUAGUGGAGUCGACGCUGCCGUUCCUGUCCGCAGCCGAUAUAAGGAAUCUCUCACUAACAAACAAGUACUAUCAUCAGCUGCUCAAUUACGAAGGCGGUUCCCUUACGCUAUGGCACGAACUGUUUAGAAAGGCUUAUGGGACGCUUAAUACAAACGAAGAACCCUUCAAGAACAGUGAUGUGUUAGAUUACAUGACCUGUUCCGAAAGCAUUAUGACUAGGAAGUUCCCAGACGAAACUUGGAAGAAGCUAUUUCAGAGGAGAACUGAAGAUGUGUGUUUGUAUACAUGGGGCUGUUUGAAACACGCUAGGCUGGGCUACACUUCUGGGUCGAACGAACUCUUGAAAGAGGAAGAUAUGAACGGGACUGGCUCGCGAUUCAAGUAUGGCGUUAACAAACCUACGAGAGUUCCUUGGUUCCCCACAGGCGCUCCCCAAAACGACCGAAGUGUGGUCCAGGUGUCCGCAGGUGGAUACUCCUUCCAGAUACUUACAAGGUCCGGGAAAAUAUUCUCAACAGGGUCGACGUAUACCGGUGGACAUAAGGGCCCUGGCCCUGCAAACGGCCAAGUGGAUUUCAAUCCAUUCCGAGAUGCUAUUCGCAGAUUGGAAACUUCUUACCCAAGAUUCGCAGUCGGAUCUAUGCCUCAAACAGCUUACCACCCGAUCAACACUACUGGAACUUUCCACCCAACGACCGCUAGACCCCCUACACAUUUUGGACCUACACCGACCACUGUACCAACCAGCCAACCACACAGUAAUAUUUACAGUGAACUUGAGGAAAUGGAACAGCGUGCCAAUGAACAAGUUGCUGGUAAUAAACACCUAGUUCGAAUGUUUACGAGAAACUCAUUCCCAAUUUACGGCAGCCCGGAGGGUGGCUUCCGUUUAGAUGAGGAGAAGUUUGGUGCCAUCAAGUUCGUCGCCAUUGCCUCUGGUAGAAGCCACUUCAUUGCAUUGACAAACAAUAACAUUCUGUACUCCUGGGAUAGCACAGAGUCCAACCACGGUGUUGAGAUAAAAUUUGAAGAUCUUCCCAGCUCCACCACUAAUCCUAUAUUGAAGAUUGCAUGCGGUUGGGACUUUAGUUGCGUAUACAUCUACAACGUUGGCUUGGUGAUCUGGAAGGAAAGGGAUGCCGUUUUACAGGGUGAAACUGCAGCCAAGGCGCAUUAUUUUAUUGUUCCCAAUACGGCCGACCUGUCCGGAGAUCAAAAGUUGGUAGAUUUCUCAUGUGGGCAAGACAACACUAUCUAUUUUAUCGACUCAGCAGGUACCGAAUUAUGGAGAUAUUCUAAGAAUGUAGUCACUUCUCAUGAUGUUCCAGGAGUGCGUGGGAAGUUGUUGAAGUGUAUUUCUUGUCUGAGCAGUCUCGUGUUAUUCACUUCCUUCGGUUGCUACUCAAUAAAACUGGAUCAAGGGGAGUUGGACUCGUCAACGCUAGUUCAACUGCAGCUGGAUGACCCAGAAGACCACAUAAUUUCUUUGGCCUCCGGCGACUACCAUACAUUGGCAUUGACGAAGAAGGGCCAGUUGUACACAUGGGGGGUGGAGAGCCAGAUUAGUGGCUGCCUAGGGAUAGGACGACCAGAACAUGUAGUAGACGAAUUAGGUAUUGGUAGAUGGGACGGAGUUCGCAAUGUCAGAGUAGAGAAACCGACUCACAUUGCUUUGAAUGAUGCCUAUACUGCAGUUAGCGUGGCCGCUGGCGGCUGGCAAAGUGGAGCUUUGAUACUACCUAAGUAG